UCAGGAGUGUAUUCUAUGCUGCCAACCGCCAAUAACUGCCAAAGAAGAAGAAGAAGAAGAAGAAGAAGAAGAAGAAGAAGAAGAAGACGGCAUCGCAGCAAAGCUAUUACUCAAGAAGACUCCGAUUUCUGUUUUCACAGGAUGGAGAGCAGCAGGGAUGAAGGCAGCUCUGCCAAACAUUCGAUUAAUACUGAACAACUUCAAUCAGCAACAAUCCAGCACUCUUUUCUGUUGAUGGCGUGUUUGGGGAUAUUUUGUCUCGUUCUGGUUGGACAAGUCGUCUACAUGAGUCUGACGACAACCAAUCAGCAUGAAAAUAUCAGCAAACUUACAACUGAAAAAUAUCACCUGGUUGAGCAACAAAAGGAGAUGGAGAACCAGAUGGACAAGCUGAUCCGAGAGAAAGACAAGAUCUUGAUCAGAGAAGAAAUUUUCGAAAGCAGAGAGAAUCUUAGAGAAACCAGAGAGGUGCUGAGCACACAACUAGCACGGCUGAUCCAAGACAGAAAGAAGUUGAGCAAAGACAGAGAGGAACUGAAAAGAGACUUAGAGCAGCUGACCAAAGACAGAGAGCAGCUGACCAAAGACAGAGAGCAGGUGACCAAAGAAAGAAAGGAGCUGAGAAAAGAGAGAGAGAAGCUGAACGAAGACAGCGAGGACCUGAGCCAAAAAAGGGCGGAGCUGAGUAAAAGUAGAGCGGAGCUCAUCAAAGAUGAAGAGAAACUGGACAAAGAGAUAGAGAACCUGAACCAAAAGAUAAAAGAGCUGAACAAAGAGGAAAAGGACCUGAGCAAAGAGAAAGAUGCUCUGAACGAAGAUAAAGAGAAGAUAAAGAGAGAGAGAGAGAAGGUGAAGAAAGAAAAGGAGAAGCUGAACAAAGAGAAAGAGGGGCUGACAAAAGAGUACGAGGAGCUGAAGUCAGACAAGGACAUAGACAGUAGAAUAGAGGACCUGGUAAAAGAGGAAGAGAAACUGGUAAAAGAUAAGGAGGAGCUGAGCACAAACAGAAUGGAGGUGAACAACCAGAAAGAGAAGCUGAGGCAAGAGAGGGAGGAGCAUAACAAAGAAAAAGAAAAACUGAAGAAAAACAAAGAUGAGCUGACGAAAAAUAAAGAGGAGCUGAGCAAAAAGAAGGAUGACUUCCACGAAAAGAAAGAGGUGCUGAAAAAAAAACAAGAGGAGCUGAACAAAAAUGAAGAUCAGCUGAACACAAAGAAAGAUGAGCUAACAAAAGAGAAAUUGAUUCUGAGCAAAAAGCAGGAGGAGCAAAGCCAACAGAAAGAGGAGCUGAGCACAAAGAAAGAGGAGCUGAUCAGAACAAGAGUGGAGCUGAACAAAGAGAAAGAAAAGCUGAACAAAAUGAAAGCAGAGCUUACCAAACAGAGAGAACAACUGAAUGAAAAGAGAACGGAAAUGAACGAAGUGGAAGAGGAGCUGAUGAAAGACAAAUAUGAGCUGAACAACAUAACAAACGAGCUGGACAAAAAUCUAGAGGAGCUGGACAAAGAGAAGGAGAAGCUGAGAGUAUUGAGAGAGGAAGAAGAGAAUCGAUGCAAAGAGAAAGAUGCUCUGAAGCUUUGGAAGAAAUUCGUCUUAGAGCAUAAAAACUUUCCAGCUGCAGAAUACUGUCCUAAACAUAUGAAACCACGUUGUUACGAAUGUAAGAAGGGAUGGGCUACCUACAAGGCAAACUGCUACGUUCUUCAUGAAGGACAAGAUUUGAAGUCUUGGGACGAAGGUCGACAGUACUGUCAGGAAUAUGCUGGAGACUUGGUUGUAAUUGAUGAUCUGAAGGAGCAGGAAUUUAUCUCCAGGUACGUCAAUGUAUCAUUAAUGACGCCAGCAGAUUCCUGGAUAGGGUUACAUUAUAAAGAAGGCGACUGGUUCUGGGUUAAUGGACGCAAGAACACGCUCGAGUAAGAACUAUUAUCUAAAAAU